AUGGAUUCACCAACCAACGCACAAGUGCCACAGUAUGCUCCCAGCUAUCGCAGCAAUCUAGCAAACCUCAAUAUGGACGAGGAAGUCAAGCUAUUCACAAACAACAAGGAGAGAGAUAAGUACGACAACAUGGCCGACUUGUAUUCCAUCAUCGUCUUGAUGGAGCACCUGGAGAAGGCAUUUAUUCGAGACUCUAUCACAGCGGAUGAAUACACACCUCAAUGUGCCAACCUGAUUGCAAAGUACAAGACGACCAUGAACUUCCUAUCUGAUUCGGUUGAUAAUUUGGAGACAUUCAUGAACGACUACAAGCUGUCCUGUCCUGCAGCAGUCAAUCGGUUCAAGAUUGGAGUGCCCGCAACAUACGAACAUGCUAUUGGGGACAACACAAAGGACGUUGCCAAAUCAGCCAAAUACAUUGCAGAGAGCGUGCUCCAUUUCAUCACACUGAUGGAUACGCUGCGAUUAAACAGAUAUGCAGUCGAUGAGCUACAUCCCAUUCUAGCAGAUUUGAUCCAAUCACUGAACAAUGUGCCUGGACUAUCAGCAGAUUUUGAGGGUAAGCAAAAGGUGCGUCAAUGGCUUAUUACACUGCAUUCCAUGAAGGCCAGUGAUGAGAUUACAGAGGAACAGGCUAGACAAAUGUUGUUUGAAAUGGAUCAGUCGCAUUCAGAGUUCCACAGGUUGCUGAGUGGUGAUCAUAAUAAAGAUGGUGCAAGUGCUUGA